AUGUUCACUCUCAAAGCCUUUGAAAAUUGGGCCGUUGGCGAAAAAGACGACAAAGGAGAAAUCAUCACGCAGCAACGCAUUAACACUGCUCACAAAAUGUUAAUUGGCUUACAUCCCAAAGAUAUUGACAUGAUUACUAUUACUCGUAAGAUGGUGUUGGGUUUUUUUAAUUUGAAGCCAUUAGAGUUCGAAAAGAAGUAUUUCCCGGUCAUAUAUGCAGCAAGCAUGGAAGUCGAAAGAAUGGAGAAUACUCCAAAGUCCACAGUCAAGAAGAAAUUGAAAACACACCUCGAUGCUGAACUACUAGAAUACAGACAAGCCUGUCUUAACAAGUCAAGGGAAGAUAUUGCCCUGGCUCUAUACAAAAGAAACAGAAUUUCAGCCGAAUCAUACGCCAAUUUUUGCUUAGAAUUCUUCGACAACCUCCGUGGACAAACCAGCCGUCCCUGCCAAGCAAGUCACCACAUCAAAGCAACUCGCCGCACCAAAGCAAGAUCUUUCAUUCAAUCUACCCCGACCUCACCUCCGCCUUCAUAUGCACAUGAAUUGCAUGAUACUCCUGCAAUAUAUCCCGCUACCGCCAUGCCCGCUGCAGAACUCAGCUUCACGGCCGAAUUGGAAGCUGCUCCUGUAAAAGCGAAGCCUGUUCUCUUACCUCCCCCCACUAAGUCUGUUACUAUAAUCGAGGCUUCGGAAGGCGAUACGAGAUUCGACGCCGAGCUCCUGGAAUACAAACAAGUGUCUCUUAAGACAAAAGGUGAUUUGGCUUAUGCCCUGUAUCUACGCGGUCGAUUUUCCGAAGAAGAGUAUACGAUAUUUUGUGCCGAGUAUCGGGAGGGCGAUACUCCGAAAUAG